UCUGAAUUGAAAGCUUUUCUCAUUCACAUUGUAAUUGAAUUAAUUGAUCUAAAUGAUUUCGCUUUCGGAAUGAAUGAAUUAUAUAAAUAAAUCAGUUUCAUUCAUAUGAUCGAGGAUGUUUAUGAAUCCAAAUGUGAAUUGUGAGUUGUUGUCAUUUUUGUAUUGUUGUCACAAUUGCUAUGUCCCUCUCUGCUAUUGUUUCUGUGUAGUUUUAAAUUUUUAGCUUUUGUGAAUUGUGGCAAAUCCAAGGCUUAUUCUAUUUUGCUUGAAGUUGUUGUGUUCUUUUCACAAUUGUUAUGGACAUUCGGUUAUGUUUUGUUCAUAUUCUGUUAUGUUUGGAUUUUUUGCAUCAGAAAAGUAAAAAUGAAGAGUAUUAGUUCCGAGUCACUUAUAACGUGUAGAGCAUUAUUUAAGUUAAACCCUCAACUCAAAGUGUAGAGAGAGAUGUUUGGGAGAGGAGCUGUUGGAUCAUUUUUAAAGCGCAGCAAAGAAGCAUUUUUUAUUCAGAAGCUCGUAGGGAGGAACACGGCAACGGUUCCUUUCUCUCAUCCUGCCAUCGAACAACAAUCGUUCAAGUUUUUUAACCCUUCCGUUGUUUCCACCCAUUUCUUUCGUAAUUUCCGAUCUCAUCCUAUCCCGAAGGGUCAUCAUGUGCCAUUCACGAGGAACUUUUCUACGGUAGUGUCUGCUGGGGCCAAACAUGAGGAGUUGAAGCUGCUUGUGACAGGAGGUUCUCGCGCACAGAAGGCGGUUGGAAUAUGGCUAUUUGGCUCUGCUGCGUGGGUGUUUAGUAUGGUGGUACUUGGGGGUUUAACCAGACUCACUAGAUCCGGUCUUUCAAUGACUGAUUGGAAAUUCACGGGUGAGUUCCCUCCUUUGACAGAUGAAGCAUGGUUGCAGGAGUUUGAAAAAUAUCAGCAGUCACCAGAAUACAAGCGUGUUAACAAAGGGAUGAAGAUCGAAGAAUUCAAGUUCAUAUAUUGGAUGGAAUAUGGACAUCGUAUGUGGGGGAGGGCACUUGGAAUUAUGUUUGUUUUACCAUAUUCAUAUUUUCUCCAUAAGGGGUAUAUCACAUUGAGAUUAGGACUGAGACUCUCUGUUUUGUUUGGCCUGGGUGCCGGGCAGGGUCUCAUCGGCUGGUGGAUGGUUAAAAGUGGUUUAGAGGAACCACCAACUGAAUAUUCUCAGCCAAGAGUAAGCCCUUAUCGUCUCGCAGCUCACCUUACAUCAGCAUUUGCUAUUUACUGCGGUCUCUUUUGGACUGCACUUUCUGUUGUUAUGCCUGAACCACCUGCCGAAUCACUAACAUGGGUCCGUGGGGCAGCUAAAGUGAAGAGACUUGCAUUGCCCGUCAGCCUACUUGUUGGUCUUACUGCUGUCUCCGGGGCAUUUGUUGCAGGAAAUGAUGCUGGGCAUGCAUUUAAUACUUUUCCGAAGAUGGGGGAUACAUGGAUCCCAGAAGACAUUCUUGAAAUGAAACCUCUGAUUCGAAACUUCUUUGAGAAUACAUCGACUGUACAGCUCAAUCACCGGAUCCUUGCAACUGCAACUCUAAUUUCGGUGAGUGCCUUAUGGCUGUCAACAAGAAAGCUAGACAUACAUCCUGCAGUGCGAUCUGUGAUCGGAGGUGUCUUUGGCAUGGCAUCUCUACAGGUCGCCCUGGGAAUUUCGACCCUUCUUUCAUAUGUACCCGUUUCAUUGGGUACUGCGCAUCAAGCCGGAGCCUUAACACUUCUGAUGUUUAUGUUACUGCUUAAUCACACUGUUCGAAGGCCAUCUUUGUCGCUUCUCAAAUCUCUACCUCAGGUUGUCAAGGCAAACUAAUUUACAGGAGUUGAGACUAUUUUAUUUUCAGGCUAUACUUGGUAUUGAGCUCCUUGUCGUCCAUUGUCGGAAUAUUCUUUAUUUGACUUGUACAUUUGAAACCUGAAAAUUCAUGAUGAUGCAAUUGAUCUGUUAAUAAUGCCAUCUGUUUAUGCAGAAAAUUAGUGCUGUAAAUCCUUAUGCAAUUUAAAAUAAUACAUUUUCAAGGCAUAUUAGUCUAGAA